AUGGCGUUUGCUGCUCUAGGAGACGAGCUGAGCUGCUCCAUCUGCCUGAACCUUUAUACAGAGCCGGUGUCACUGAGAUGUGGACACAUCUUCUGCCGGGAUUGUAUUGUGACUGCUCUGGAUACACAGGAGGGGUCCGGAGUUUAUUCCUGUCCAGAGUGCAGAGAGGAGUAUGUAGAACAUCCAGUGAUGGAGAAGAGGAGGAAGUUGUGUAACAUUGUGGACAACUUCAGAUCUACACAACAAAAGGAGGAGAACAGUGAGAUUCUCUGUACGUAUUGUGUGGAUUCUCCAGUGGGAGCCGUCAAGACUUGUCUACAUUGUGAGACUUCUAUGUGUGAUAAACACCUGACAGCCCACAACAAAAAAGUGGACCAUGUGUUGGUGGAAUCCACCUUGUCCUUCAGUAGACGCCGUCUGCCUUUGUGCGUCCUGCUGUCUGUGGGGGAACAUAAAGGACAUGAAGUGGAACCUCUAGAAGAAGCUUUGGAGAAGAAGAAGGAGAAACUGAGAGAUGUUCUAGAAAUGUUGACUAGAAAGAAAGAGACAACUAAGCAUAAAAUUCAGAACCUACAGGACCAAGAGAGAAAAGCUCGAGAAAAAGCAGAUGAUGAGAAGAAGAGGGUCAUUGCCCUGUUUGAGGAUAUCAGGAGACAGCUGGAGGUCCAGGAACAGAGAGUCCUGAGUGAGAUCUCCAGACAGGUAGAGGAGGUCUCAUUAUCAGUGACUGAUCUCACCAAACAGUCGGAGAUACAGAAGGACGAGCUGUCCAGGAAAAUUGGCCACAUCGAGAAGUUGUGUAACAUGACCGACCCAAUAACUGUCCUACAAGAUCAGGAAUCUGACACAGGAGACCAGAAUGUGGAGGAAUCUUCUGUUCCUGAUCUGGAUGAUUUUAUGAUCUCUCUCGUGUUGCACAGAUCUAAAACCGACCUUAUUACUAAUAUGCAAUUUAAAACCGAUUUCUUUGCACAGGAUACAAAUGAUCUACGACUGGAUAAAAAAACUGCCCAUACAUUUGUGGCUUUAUCCGAUGAUCUGAGAACAGCAUUCGACGCUGAAAGACACAUGGUUAAACCAGAAUUACCACAGAGAUUUUACAGAAUACAGUCAGGUGAUGACUAA